AUGGUACGCACAGGAUACCUCAGGUUAGCGUUGAUAAUGGGAAUUAUUGCUGGCAACAUUAUUACCCUACAGACUCUUGUAUUUAGUGCCUGCGCUACCUCAUCUUUGGAUAAGUUUCUCGUGGUAUGGAAGCUAAAGACAAAGUGCAAAGCUUACAAAUUUGCAGGCCAUGCAGCAGCAGUGACCAGCGUACAGUUCUCGCCAGAGGGGCAGCUGCUUGCCUCAGCUUCUCAAGAUCGCACUGUCAGGCUGUGGAUUCCUUGCAUUCAUGGAGAAUCAUCGGUACUGAAAGGUCAUACAGCACCUGUUCGUAGUGUGAGCUUCUCACAUGAUGGCCAGUUUCUACUUUCAGCAUCCAAUGAUAAAUCAGUAAAAAUAUGGAGUCCUCGCCACCAGCGCCUUUUGUUUUCCCUAUUCCAACACACUCACUGGGUUUGCUGUGCCAAAUUUUCACCUGAUGGCAGACUAAUAGCAUCUUGCAGUGAGGAUAAAUCCAUUAAGAUCUGGGAUACAAGAAAUAAAACUUGUAUUGAUAGCUUCUUAGAAUUUGAAGGAUUUGCAAAUUUUGUGGAUUUCAACCCAAGUGGUACAUGUAUAGCCUCUGCAGGUUCCAAUUGUGCGGUGAAACUGUGGGAUAUUCGAAUGAACAAGCUACUGCAGCAUUACAAAGUUCACAGAGCAGGGGUUAACUGUGUAUCAUUCCAUCCUUCUGGUAACUAUCUCAUCACUGCUUCUGCUGAUGGUACCCUUAAGAUUUUGGACCUCUUAGAAGGAAGACUUAUUUACACUCUUCAUGGACACAAGGGACCUGUACUUUAUGUGGCUUUUUCAAAAGGUGGUGAAAAAUUUGCCUCAGGUGGAGCGGAUGCUCAGGUAUUUCUGUGGAAAACCAACUUUGAUUCGUUUGAUUAUAAAGAAGUUCUUAAACACCAUGUUAGAAGAACACAUAUUGAUGAUCCUCCUCAUCUUCUUGAUAUUUACCCGAGGUCACCUCAUCGCCAUAAUGAAAAAAUUCAGUCAGUUGAGGUCAACCCUACCUUUGAUGUGACUAAUAUGCAAACACUUGACCCACCUGUCAUAGAGAUUAACUCCUCUUCAUCCAUUAAUACCUCGGAUGAUGUCAGCAGUGAAGAUCUGCAGUGCCCCCCUGCUUCAGUCUUGGCAACAAGUUCAAAAAAGAAUUCAGAGCAUGAGAGUGAAUCAGCUGUGCAUAAUGUGGACAAGCAAAGGUGCAUCUCCCCCACCCUGGGUAAUGCUUUGGAGCACAUUGUGGAACAACUGGAUGUUUUAACUCUAACUAUUUCAAUCCUGGAACAACGUCUGACUUUGACUGAAGAUAAAUUGAAAGAUUGCUUAGAAAAUCAGCAAAAAAUAUUACUUCAGGGAAAAUAG